CUGGUUUGACUCGCCAAUAAUGGAUGGUUCACUCAAGAGAAGUGCCUAUAGAAAACCUACAUCUGUAGGACACUAUACACAUUUCCUCAGUUUUGUACCAAUCCGAUACAAAAUCAGUUUGGUCAGAUGCCUCACGAAUAGAGCAAGACGGGUCUGUACAGAUGAAAAUGAGUUAGGAUACAUCUAAAAUACGCUGGCCUAAAUGGGUUAUCCUAGUAAAUUUGUAAGGGGACACAUGAACACCAGGUACAAUGAAGAAAAACUGACAACAGUUAAAAAGAAACAACUAUUCAUGAAAUUGCAAUUUAAUGGGGACGUGGCUAGCGAAGUCUUACAUGAGAGAUUAUCGAGAGCGAUAAAACGGACUUAUACUGCCGCCACCACCCUUUGUUUUUCAUUUUCCACCCAACCAAUUAUGAUUGAUCAAGUGAAAGACAAGUUACCUAGCUGUGACACUUCUAUGUGUAUCUAUAAAUUUAGUUGCUUCUGUGGAGAGAGCUGGCUAUAUGGGGCGAACAACUAGACAGCUUAACAAACGCAUUAAUGAGCA